AUGUCGUUCUGUAAGAGUUUCGGUAAGGAUAAGGUAAUUUUUGCUACCAAAGAGGACCAUGCGACGCCGAGCACUAUCGAGUUGCCAGAGACGGAAGCUAGUCCGGGGUUGAUAUUGGAAAGUGGGGAAAUUAACUGGAGUUGUCCGUGUCUCGGAGGGAUGGCGACAGGCCCUUGCGGGGUGGAGUUUCGAGAGGCUUUUUCGUGUUUUCAUUUUAGCGAAGCACAACCCAAGGGAUCGGACUGUUACGAUGCAUUUAAGAUAAUGCAGGAUUGCAUGGCUAACUAUCCCGGAGUGUACAAACAGACUCAACCGGAGGAUGACGAUGAUGAAGGAGGUGGCGGUGGCCUGGAUCUUGGCGCGUUGGUCGAUGAAGCGGAGGACCCAGAAAAGGAAUCCCUCAAAGAGGACGAACCUUCCAAUCAAAGUGAGAUCGCUGGCGCAGGAACGUCAGCAACUGUUGCGCAGAAAGAUAAUUGAGCUAUUUUUUAGUUUUUGUAGAAAGUUUUAGUUUAUAAAGAAGAUUGUUUGAAGAGCAA